GUAUUUGAACGGAAACCGGGUACAAUCAAAAAUUAUGGUAUCUGGCUACGUUAUGACUCACGCACAAAUCAUCAUAAUAUGUAUCGCGAAUAUCGUGAUACUACGGUUACGGGAGCUGUAACGCAAUGCUAUCGAGAUAUGGGUGCCCGACAUCGUGCACAGGCUCACCGAAUUCAAGUGAGUCACCUUCGUAUCUUCAUAUUUGAGGAAAUUUACUUAUACAGUGUUGAAGCAAAUAUUUAA